UCUGUGCUGACAGGGUUCUGUAUGACAAGUGGAGAGCUCUGCAGUUCAAGAUGAGGGAGAAACAUCUGCUGGCAAAAUGGACAAGGCGCCCCCCCACCAUCCCAAAGAUCGACAGCGUUAUCCAAAAAGAACGGUGGUAUUCCAACUGCCCAACAGCUCAGGCCAUCAUGAGCAAGUGGAGUCCACCGAAGAAGGAGGAAGUGGAGUCCAGCGUCUCACUCAUGAAGCUGGUUCACACGCAGAAGUGGAAACAUCUGGCUGUUGUUGAACCAUCGCCAUGGGCUGGCGAGGGGAAAGGAGUGGUAACCACGAAACGCUUCCCGAAGAACUCCAUCUUGUGUGAUUAUCAUGGAGAGCUCAUCACAGGGGCAGAGGGGAGAAGAAGGAUGGCCAACAGAAGUAGUGACACAGAUUAUUCCUUCUUCUUUAAGGCUGGCUCUAAGGAACUCUGUGUUGAUGCCCACAACGUCCCAUGCUCGUGCCACCCUCACAUGGAGACUUUUGGGAGGAUUAUCAAUCACUCCAAAUGGGACACAAACAUAAGGCCUGAAAUCUGCUUAAUGCAGUUUCCCGAAGGAUCACAACACAUCAUCUUUUUCAGAGCAAUGAAGGAUCUGGAAGUAAACGAGGAACUACUUUUUUGACUAUGGGAUGAGGAAAAAAAUCCUUCAGGUGGGGAAUUCAACAGUUCAACCUUCAAUAAACAA